GUCAGCUUCCUGGGAACAUGCCCAGGAUCCUCUGGGCUCUCUUCUAGACAGCUGACCAGGAAGGCCCCCCAGUGGACUGAAGCAUGAUCUCCAUCACAGAGUGGCAGAAAAUUGGCGUGGGCAUCACCGGCUUCGGCGUCUUCUUCAUCCUCUUUGGGAUACUCUUGUACUUCGAUUCCGUGCUCUUGGCUUUUGGAAACCUGCUGUUCCUGACUGGCCUCUCCCUCAUCAUCGGCCUGAGGAGAACGUUUUCCUUCUUCUUCCAACGGCACAAGCUCAAGGGAACAAGCUUCUUCCUGGGCGGUGUCGCCAUUGUGCUGCUGCGCUGGCCCCUGCUAGGCAUGCUCUUGGAGGCCUAUGGGUUCGUUAGCCUCUUCAAGGGGUUUUUCCCUGUAGUCUUUGGCUUCCUGGGCAAUGCAUUUAACAUCCCCUUCCUGAGCGCACUGUUCCAGAGGCUUCAAGGCUCCUCCAGCUCAAUGGUCUGAACUGCCCACCCCGGUGAGCUCCUUGAAUUCGGAUUGUUGGCGAGGGGGCUGGAAGGGGAACAUGGGCUAUCUUCACGAGACCCCUCCCCAGCAUUGACUUCCUUCCCAUCCGUCACACACGGCUGUCUCCAAGUCCAGAAGAAAGAUGGAGCUGAGGGAUGGAUCUUAAACCCCCAAGUCACCUCAAGAGGCUGUCAGGAGCAGAGAUCCCAGUCAAUAUACCCAGCUAGGGCUGGACGCAACAUCCCCACCCUGACUUUAUGCAGGAGAGUGAAGAUUAAAUCCCCAAGCUGUGAAUGU